ACGCACGAGCCAACUAUACGGCAUCUUGAGUUCAUCGCUUAGGUUGCAGACUUAAGCAAGAAACUUAUCAGCUAGACACCGAGAGGCGCAGAAGAGAAAUCGCGGCGAGAUUGUUUGGCUGUUUCAGUAACUCGGCCUCGACCAAGCGAGAGGAGAUCGAAGAGGAAGAAGAUGGCGGGGAGCGGUGUCCUGGAGGUGCAUCUCGUCGACGCCAAGGGCCUCGCCGGCAACGACUUCCUAGGUGAGAUAGGCAAGAUAGACCCGUACGUGGUCGUGCAGUACCGGAGCCAGGAGCGCAAGAGCAGCGUGGCUCGAGAUCAAGGCAAGAACCCGAGCUGGAACGAGGUGUUCAAGUUCCAGAUCAACUCCACCGCGGCCACCGGGCAGCACAAGCUCUUCCUCCGGCUCAUGGACCGGGACACCUUCUCAAGGGACGACUUACUCGGCGAAGCAACGAUCGACGUGACUGACCUGAUCAGCUUAGGCAUGGAGCAUGGCACAUGGCAGAUGAGUGAAUCCAAGCACCGGGUCGUCCUCGCGGACAAAACAUACCACGGCGAAAUCAGAGUUGGCCUCACGUUUACCGCCGCUGCAAAGCCUCAAGAUCAUGGAAAACAGGUUGGAGGAUGGGCGCACAGCUUUCGUCAGUAGAAAGAUUGUGACCUUAAAGUCGGGUUCGUGUGGUACCAUAAGUGUAAUUCCAUAAUUAUUAGUAUAUUCUUAGCUGUGGCAUGUGGUAGGUUUAGAUAACUAGCGAGGUAGGAUUUUGUGAGUAACAACGGCAUCUAAUGCCCAAGAUUGAUGUGAUUCAAAGUGUAUGUGUGUUGCGUCAUUUUUUUCGCUCUCUAGAUGUAUAUUCAGAACAUUCUAGAGUCAUCGAGUCUGUUAAUGGCUGUGAAUUAUGAAAUUCUUUAUGCUUAUUUCU